CGCACGCGCAGGACCACUUCCCUUGACCGGGCUACUUCCCAUGCAUCCCCUGCGCGCCGCCCUCCUCCCGGGGCUCCUACUCCUGCGAGGGCGGCGGGUCCUUACAGCCCAGAGCCGUGCACAGACCCCGCCGCCAUGGCCGGCGCGAAACGUCAGCGGCGGCCUCCGGGGCCCCGGGAGCGCGGGGACGGGGUUCGUACGCGCGCACGGGGAGGGGCAGCCGACAGAGCACGGGGAGGAAGAGGAGGAGGAGCUGCUGGACGCGCAGCCGCCGCUUCCGCUGCUGUCCUCCGCACAUCGCGUGUGCAUCCUGCACCCUGAUGUCAAAGGCCCAGCCGGAAGGAAGCUGCGUUCCACAGCUGAGAAUGAUGUGGCAGAAGCAGCCUCUCUGGUACGUACACUGCCGGGGUGGUCAGUGGCGAGGACCCUGGUGGUACCCACGAAAGUUCCCGACAGCAAGAUGGUGUUCGGGAAAGGCAACUUCCGGGACGUCACUGAGAAGAUCCGAGGGAGCCAAGACAUCACGUGUGUCUUCCUGAAUGUGGAGAGGAUGUCAGUCCAAACCAAGACUGCCCUGGAGGCCGCGUGGGGCGUGCCCGUGUUGGACAGGUUCACCGUGGUCCUCCACGUCUUCCGCUGUAACGCACGAACCCGAGAGGCCCGGCUGCAGCUGGCACUGGCAGAGAUCCCGCUGCUCAGGUCCACCCUCAGCACUAGAACAACCACACAGAACCAGCCAGGACAGGGUUCACGGUACAUCAUGGGGUCAGGGGUGUCGUCCACGGAGCUUCGGCAGCGGGCACUGAGGGACCGGGAGGCUCGGAUCCGGCAGGCGCUAGCGCGGUUGCGAGACAAACGUGAUCUGCUGCGGAAGCUGCGUACCAAGCGCGAGUUCCCUGUGGUGUCUGUGGUCGGCUACACAAACAGCGGGAAGACCACGCUUAUCAAGGCGCUGACUGGGGAUGCUGCCCUGCAGCCACGAGACCAGCUGUUCGCAACUCUGGAUGUAACCGCCCAUGCGGGGUGGCUGCCAUCACGUGUGCCCGUGUUGUACGUGGACACUGUGGGCUUCCUGUCUCGGCUACCGCAUGGCCUCAUCCAGGCCUUCUCUGCCACGCUGGGGGAUGUGGCUCACUCAGAUGUGGUUGUGCAUGUGAGGGAUGUGGCACACCCGGACACUGAGCUGCAGAAGGAAACUGUCCUGUCCACACUCCAGGGCCUGCGCCUGCCUCCUACCCUGCUGGACACUGUACUCGAGGUUCACAAUAAGGUGGACCUGGUGCCGGGGUACCAACCCACGGUGUCAGGUGCACUGACUGUGUCUGCAACCUCGGGACUUGGCCUAGAUGAGUUGAAGGAGGCACUGGAGGGCUUGGUUCUACAGGCCACUGGCCGGACAGUUGUCACCCUCCAAGUGCCGUUAGGUGGGGUGGAGCUGAGUGUGCACCUGUGUGUACCUGUUUCCCCGCAGCUGGCUGUAUGCAGAGGCCACAGUGCAGCAGCUAGAAGAGAUGCCCGAUGAGUGCACGGCCCAGCUGACCGUCAUCAUCAGCCAGGCUGCCCUCUGCAGGUUCCGGAAGUUGUUUCCUGGUGUUCUUUAAGUGACAAGCUGGCCUAAGUGGACCAGAAGUGGACCCAGCUGGUGGGAGGGUUUAGGCUACGCACAGCACAUAGCUCCGCUCUCCUUCCUGAACUGACUGACAGCUGCUAGUGGGAGGGUGUGGGCCAUCCUGGAGCCCCACCACUUUCUGCCUCCCACACUGACUGACAGCUCGCAAUAAAACAGGACUUGCACUGUG